UUGGCUAGAUUGAGCCCAUGAACUUAGCAGUUGUUUGUCUUUUACUGCAGUCUGCUAGUGUAUCAAAAGAAAGAAAUGUCCGUUUUCAAGUUUAAGUUGUCAGAGUUAGUGCUUUCGUUAGAGGAUUGAAUUGCUUUUGAGCUGCUAGCAUUCGUAUUUUUUCAUUUGCCUUACGUUGGUGACAAAAAUAUGGGAAAAUGCUCAAACUAAUAAAAGAAAUUGUUUGGGUUGUACUGUGUCUGUCAUACAUUUGUAUAAGCUUUGUGAGUAAUGACUGUUUUAAUGGGAAACCAAAGUCCUCACUGAAGAAGUCUGAGGCUCCAUUUUCCGAGGAAGCAUGUGCUGUUAACAAUUAUAAUGGUAUGGUAUUGAUAAGAGGUGGAACAUAUGAAAUUGGAACGGAUGAGCCAGUGUUCAUAGCAGAUGGAGAAUCACCUUCCCGAUCAGUCCAACUCAAUAAUUAUUUCAUUGACAUUUAUGAAGUCAGCAAUAAAAAUUUUGCAGACUUUGUCAAAACUACCAAUUUUACAACUGAGGCUGAAAAGUAUGGAAGUUCUUUCGUCUUUGAAGGAAUUCUUAGUGAAGAAACCAAAUCCAAGAUCUCGAAGGUUGUAGCAUCUGCCCCAUGGUGGAUGCCUGUAACAAAUGCUUCAUGGAAAUAUCCUGAAGGGCCAAUGUCUUCAAUUUCAGAAAAAAUGGAUCAUCCAGUUGUUCAUGUAUCCUGGAAUGAUGCUGUCAGCUACUGUAAUUUCUAUGGAAAAAGAUUGCCGUCUGAAGCCGAAUGGGAGGUUGCUUGCCAAGGAGGGCUUACGAAACGUCUCUAUCCGUGGGGAAAUAAAUUAAAUCCGUAUGGAAAGCACUGGACUAAUAUUUGGCAAGGAAAAUUUCCCGACGAAAACAUGGCAGAAGAUGGUUUUAUUGGCACAGCACCCGUCAAUGCUUUUCCUCCAAACAAGUACGGACUUCAUCAAAUGGUCGGUAACGUUUGGGAGUGGACCAUGGAUUGGUGGCAAAUCAAUCAUAAUUAUGACCUUUUAAACAAUCCGACUGGUCCGAGUAAUGGAAAAGAUAAGGUGAAGAAAGGUGGAUCGUAUAUGUGCCAUCGCUCCACUUGUUUCCGCUACCGAUGUGCUGCUCGGAGUCAAAACACUCCAGACAGUUCUGCCGGUAAUUUGGGAUUCCGUUGCGCAAAGUCUUCAUCGCUUGAAGUACAAUCAUCCUAGGAAAAAGAAAAUCUUUCGAAUUAAUUAUGUACAGUAUUCAUUUAUUCUUUAUAAAAUCGAAUACCGUUUAUUAUUUUUGCCUUCCACCCUAUCUGAAUAAGAGUAGCAGGGUUCUUUAUUUUCCCAGAAACUUGGCGGUGGUUAAAUUAGUAUUAUUCGGAAGAAUGGCCAAGUCAAUGUGUUGGAUCCCAAAAGAAGAAAUUAUAAUAUUGAUAACAGAAAUGAUGAAAAUGAA